UAGUUAUGUGAAGAGGAGAGAUAUAUGAGGAAUAAUUGUGGCCUACAUCACAUUCUUUCCUACCUUUGCUCUUUUUUGCCACCAAACCAUUUUCUUUCUUCUCUUGAAUCAUAUGGAUGUGCUUGUGCUUGGUACAGCAUAGCUGUAAGGUUAGCUAUGGGAUUGGAAGUAUUGGAUGCAAACUAUCCUUCAAAACUAAAUCAAAACUUUAGAAACUCUUACGAAACUGAUUAGUUUAUAACAGAUUAUUUUCGUCAUUUUUGAUAUCGCGUCAUCAGAAUAUAACUAACUGCCAUCACAGAGGAUCUUGGACAUCUUCAUCCUCUUCCAUUGGCUUGUGGCUAAGGGGUCAUCAGCAUUACAUUCUUAUGUAGAAACCAUUUUCAUCAGCAUCAUUUUUGCUCCAAGCAUUCAGUUGAAAAAGAUUCCAAGCACUACCUCAAAGUUAAAGGCAGAAACUACAGAGCUUGCAAAAUAUUAGAAGAGGUAUGAGUGAGAUUGGCUAUGAAAGAUCAAAGUCAUGGAACAUUUACACAACUCCAGACCAAAGCCCAUCAUCUCAAACAGGCAUUGGUCAAGAAGCUCCUUGGAAGAACUUUGGAUCCUCCAUGAAUGCCAUUUCCUUUGGCUUUGUUGCCACUGCAAUCUUGAUAUCAAUGUUCCUUGUCAUGGCCAUCUUUGAGCAUCUGUUUAGACCAACUUCUCCUUUCUCCUCAUCUGAUGAAGUGACAAACAACUCCUCAGAAUCAGGUCUGGCCGAGAAAUUCUCAAGUCCAAAUACGGUGUCAACAUCAUAUGCAUCUGAUUUCUCAGUGUUGAUGCCAGGUCAGCACAUCCCCACCUUCAUUGCUCAACCAGCUCCUCUGCCAUGCCAAAGAGAGGGGAUUUACUGGCCAUCUCAUCACCAUAAUUUUUCAGGUCCUUGAAGCAAAAUAAAUGAUGUUCUUCUUGCCUCAAUUGAAACCAGUUGAUGCAUUUAGGAAAACUAUCAGCUUUGCUUCUUCUCAGAAUAAUAGUAAUAAUACUUGUGCUUCUUCUCAUCCACAGGGAGAUUUGCUUAAAUGCUGAUACUUCUUUUCCUUUUCUUAUUUUUUUUCCUUUUUCUUUCUGGUUCGCAUCUGUAAAUUGAUUAUCAAAGAAGUCACAAGUAUUUACAUGA